AUGUCUGAACAGCUUAUCACCUCACUACCUCUCAUUGACAUCUCACCAUUUCUUCAGCAUCCCUCGAAUCCUGAUCAUCAAAGCAAAACCGCAGCUGAAAUUCAUGAAGCCUGUACCUCAACUGGUUUCUUCUAUCUCACAGGACACGGUAUUCCAACACACCUUUUUUCAGAUGUCCUUAACGCUACUCGUAGCUUUCUUUUAAAUGCAACUGAAGAAGAGAAAGAAUCUCUAUCGAUCGCUUCUAACGAUUUCGCACGUGGUUACCAACGAAAAGGUCUUAAUAUCACACAAGGAAAAGCAGACUGGCAUGAAGCACUAGAUCUUUAUGCUCCCUCUCCAUUUGGGAAUGAAGGGAAAGGAAAGGUUUUAGGUGGAGAGAAUAGAUGGCCAGAAACACCAAAGGACUUUAAAGAACUUAUUAGUCAAUAUAUUGUCACCAUGAUCCGAUUGGGUGAAGUGAUGAUGAGGGCAACAGGAAUGGGACUUGGAUUGGAACCAGAUGAGGUAGAAGACUUGGUUAAUCUCGCCAAGGACUCAUUCUGGGUCAUGCGAUGUAUCGGUUAUCCACCUUUACCCCACACUCACGACGGAGUAUCCUGUGGAGCUCACAAAGAUUACGGAUGUUAUACGUUCCUAUAUGCUGAUUCGACCCGUGGUGCUUUACAAGUCUUCAGGCGAGGAGCUCAGACAAGAUCAACAGAAAGUCUAACUGAAGAAGAAGGAGAAGCAGGAGUCUGGGUCAAUGCUGAUCCCAUCGAAGGAGCACUCGUGGUCAAUAUCGGAGAGAUGUGGGAGAUUUGGACAAAUGGGGUUUAUAAGGCUACCUUACAUCGAGUGAUUCAUAAAGGACAAAACUAUCGAGUUUCGAUACCUUUCUUUUACGAACCAGCUUUCAACGCCUAUAUCUCUCCAUUACCUUCUAUUAUUCGUCAAGCGAAAGAAAACGAUAAACCGGUCAAGGAACGAGCUUCUAUCCGAUAUGGCGACUUUCUCCUUAGUAAAGUUGGUGGAAACUUCACGGUCUCCGCUCAAACUGGUCAACCUGAAUUAAAUGGUGUUGAGGGUGAGGUUCGCAAGGGUCGUUAUUGAGACUGUGUGUUAUGUUUGACUUCAAAAUGUUGUAUUAUCAUUCUUUUAUCUGAUUGUCAUCAAUAUAACUUGUACUUACAAACACGCGUACAAAACAGUCACCAUACAUUGAAGAGGUUUGCU